UGUCAAUAUCAUCAGGAUUGACACCAAAGUACUCCGAGACACCUCUACCAGUGGGACCCAUUGCACCAAUGCUGUGAGCUUCGUCAAGGAGAUAAUGAAAGACAUGCUUUACAUUUGAUUCUAAAACAACGACCCAGUGUAAUGAAAUCGCCCUAUUAUUCGGUCCUCAAAUGAACUAACUGGUGGUUGACACGUGCAAUAAAGGCUGUGAUAAGGAAAUAGAUUGAACAGUGAAACCUUUAUCCUCACUAAGCACGUAUACCUUUGAUAAUGUGCUUAUAUUAUCGGAAGCGGUUGAGAUAAGAAAGAAGAACACAUGGUGAAGAUUAGGGCUUCGAAUGUGUACCUGUAAUGGAAAAUAUAUAAUUUUGCAAUCGAUACAACAGAAAUUCUAUCGCCAUAUGUGUUCUGUUAUAUUAUGGGGCCAUGAAAGCCCAUUAUUCAAGCCGUCUGAUUGGUUACUCGCUAAUUUUGUCAGCGCGUGAGCCAAUCAGAUUGCAGUAUUAUGACGGAGCACAAUUGAAGGAAAGCUCUGGCUCAAAGAUCAUUUUUGCAUUGGGUUUCCUCUUAACUUUCAAAUGGACGGGAAAACCCGUGAAAUUCGAAAAUACACUUGGCAAGAGGUUCAAUGUCACAAUACGGCCACGGAUUGUUGGAUUGUUAUAGAUGGAAAAGUCUACGACGUUAGUAAAUGGUUGAAAUAUCAUCCGGGAGGCGUACUGCCCUUACUGUAUUCUGCCGGCCAAGAUUGCAGCCGUGUUUUCAAGGCGUUUCAUCCGUUCUCCUGGAUAAGGGAAAAGCGUUUACCGCCGUUUUAUAUCGGCGAUAUAUGCGAGCCAGACAACGCCAGUGCUAAAGAGUCUGUAAUUUCAAGCGAAUUGGAUAAAAUCCACGAUGAAAUUGUCAAAGAAGGUGGCUAUACGACCUACUAUGGCUUCUACCUCAAGAACCUUCUCGUUCAAUUCACAAUGCUCGGAUUUGUGGUGUACCUCCUUACCUCAACCACCUCCCCGCUAGCCCUGCUCCUCGCUGCAGUCACCAUGGGCUUCUUCUUCCAACAGAUCGCAUUCGUGGGUCACGACGCCGGUCACCAUCUCAUAACACACGACCAAGACACGGACGAAACCAUCGGAUUCUUCGUUGGGAACAUGUUCUCUGGCAUCAGCAUCGGUUGGUGGAAACGCAGCCACAACGCUCACCACGUUGUAACGAAUUCCGUGAACUGUGACCCGGACAUCCAACACCUUCCCGUCUUCGCCAUAACCGACAAGUUCUUUAAGCCCGUCAUCUCUGCGUAUCACGAUAAGACCUUUUUCUUCGAUAGGUUUUCAAAAUUCUUCGUAUCCAACCAGCACCUGUUGUACUACGCCAUCAUGGGCGUGGCGAGGUUCAACCUUUACGCACAGAGCUUCAUACACGUGCUGACGCGAUGCACUGGACGCAAACAAAAACUGGAGUUGCUCACGAUGGGUAUAUUUUGGUGUUGGUUUACCAUGCUGUGUUCGUGUAUUCCGAGCGCAUCUGGUAGGGUGGUGUUCGUCCUGGUGUCACAUUUCAUCGCCGGACUCCUGCACGUGCAAAUCACCAUCAGUCAUUUUGCAAUGGCGACUUACCAUGGUCUUCCCGCGGGCACGUACGAAAGCGAUUCUUUCUUCGUUUCCCAAAUGGAGACGACGAUGAACGUGGACUGUCACCCGUACCUGGACUUCUUUCACGGCGGUCUUCAAUUCCAAAUCGAGCAUCAUCUUUUUCCGAGGGUCUCCCGACCCUACCUACGAACGCUGUCCGAGAAAAUCCGGAAAUUUUGCGAGCGGCACGACGUGCGCUACAUCUCCCUCAGUUUCUACGAUGCCAAUAAAGAAGUGGUCAGCGCCCUCAAAGAGACUGCACAGAAAGCGCAAUGCAUAUCUUCGUUUAUAUGGGACGGCAUUAAUGCCGUGGGUUAACAAGUACAGAUUUCAGGAUGGUUUGUUCCGGUUGUGGAUGACAUACACAGUCUAUUACCAGUUAUGGAACCUGAAAACUAUAUUUCAAAUUCCUGGAACAAAUUCAGAAGCAGUCGACGUAUUUUUAAAGUAUAAUUUUAGAUGUGUUUCCUGGCAUAAAAAGAAACGUUGUUUUGAGGAGUUUUUAAAUUUAUUUGAAAUUGAGAUCUUACUUGAAAUUUUUGAAUUAAUAUAUAGCGCCGCACUAUCGAUACAAAUAAUGUACAGAAUACAGAUCUAUUUUAAGAUAUUGCAAAUUUAUUGUUGGAAGUUGAGAAAAUUUCAGUAAUAUCUAGAGUCUUGUAUUAUAUUGCAUGUACGAUAUUUAAACAAUUGCACAAUUUUGUGUCGUUUUAAAAUUUAUGUAUGCAGUUUAUAUUGCAUUUGUGAUUGUUGCACAACAGCGCACGUGAUUGAUUCGCAAUAUCGAGAGGUAUUGGAAAUAUAUUUUUCAAUUUGAUAUGGCUGAAUGAAGAUGGUAAAAAGUGAUCUGGAAUGUGGUUUAUAUUGAAACAUUGGGA